AUGGAGGAAUCCGGUUUAUGUCUUGGUGUAUCAUCACCAGUGCCUGACACCGAUGCCCAUCUCAGCAAUGCAGUGUUAAAUGGCCGUUAUCCUAUCAGUCAGAAGCUUCACCAACUUAACGCCCAGCUAGGACACGCCUUUCCUGACAUACAUCGUCCACAACAGAUACCUGAAGAAAAAGCUGCCACUCCUUUAGAUGAGAAGACACACCACGCAGCCCUGGCCAGUCAACCUAUCAGCAGUCAGAUGGCUCUACUAGCCAAUCAACUCAACCGAGAUAUUAAUGCAGGGGCAUUGAGUGGGCUGAAUGGGCGUGUAGAUCUGCAACAGUUUCUUAAUGGUCAGAACUUGGGCAUCAUGUCUCAAAUGAAUGAUAUUGAAGAUGAUGCUCGUAAGAAUAGGAAAUAUCCCUGUCCAUUGUGUGGGAAACGCUUUCGCUUUAACAGCAUUCUGUCACUGCACAUGCGUACACACACAGGAGAAAAGCCAUUCAAGUGCCCCUAUUGUGAUCACAGAGCGGCUCAGAAAGGCAAUUUAAAGAUCCAUCUCCGCACCCACAAACUUGGGAAUCUUGGUAAAGGCCGUGGUCGAGUCCGAGAGGAGAAUAGGCUGCUGCAUGAGUUGGAGGAGAGGGCAAUCUUGAGGGAUAAGCAGAUGAGAGGGAGUGGUAGUCUGCUUCAAACUGCUCAAACAACCCACCUGGGCCUCAGCAGCAGCUCUAACACUCUUCAGCAUCAAAUAAGUUCAGCCUGUGUCCCCCCUCCCCCAUCUGGCCAUGCCACUCCAGACACUCUUUCUCAGCCUUCUCCUUCACCCAAGCCGGCUGGCAUACAAGAUGAACAGCCUCUGAAUCCAACAACAGGCUUUCGCUGUACCUUCUGCAAAGGAAAAUUUAAAAAGCGUGAAGAGCUGGAUCGUCACAUCCGCAUACUCCACAAGCCCUACAAAUGUACUCUAUGUGAGUUUGCUGCUGCCCAUGAAGAGGAGCUGAUAAGUCAUGUAGAGAAAGCUCAUAUCACAGCUGAAACCACACAGGGCCAGGGUGGUGGAGGAGCUGGUGGCAUGCAGAUGGCCACAGAAUUUCGCUGUGAUGUUUGUGGCCAGGUAUUCAGUCAAGCCUGGUUCCUAAAAGGUCACAUGCGAAAGCACAAGGACUCUUUUGAACACUGUUGCCAGAUCUGUGGCCGUCGAUUCAAGGAACCCUGGUUCCUGAAGAACCAUAUGAAGGUGCAUCUGAACAAGCUGGCCAUCAAGAGUAAGCCACCACAGGCUCCUUGUGAGCAGGAUAUGGCUGCAGUUAAUAGCAUGGGCAACAUGGCUCAAGAAGCUCAUGCCAAUCUUUAUUCUCGCUAUAUCUCUUGUCUUCAGGGAGGUUUUCUUUCACCAGACAAACAGAGCCUAAGUGAGCAGCACCAAAUGUUGGCAAAGGCAGGAAUAGUAAUGAAGGAAAAAGAGAUGCUUGGGAAACUGCUAGGACCAAUGGUUGGAGGUAUGGGUCAUGGACUGGGUGAGAAUGAAAAGCGCUCCCUCCUUGGUUGUCUCAAUCUUGUGCCACCACUCAAAUCAAGCUGUAUGGAGCGCCUCCAGGCAGCUGCAAAAGUAGCAGAGAUAGACUCCCUAAAUAGCUACCAGGCUUGGCAGAUAAUGGCUCGUGGUAUGGAUAUUGACAGGGCUUUUAUGCCUAAAGAUCAGCAGCAGCACCAGCCCAAUAUGACUUUGGGGCAAGAAGAUGAGAUGGGGGGUUCAGGGGCUUUGCCCUCUUACUCAACGGACAAACAAGACUACUCCUUGAUUGCUUCCAGUGACUGCUCUAAGCCAAAGCAAACCUCUGAGACCUUACCAGUAACUAAGGCCUCUGGUGGAACUUUGAAUACUAUGAAGGACGAUGGGAGAGGCUUUGAAAGCCACCAUGACUUAAUGCCCCACCCUAGCAGUGCUGAGGCUUCUGGAGGCUUUGCAGGCUCAAACAUUGACUAUAGCCUGUCAAAUCUGCCGAGCCUGAAGGAAAAGGCUUCUGAGUGUCCUGACUGUGGCCGGGUCUUCCGAACCUACCAUCAAAUGGUAGUACACUCCAGAAUACAUGGAAAAGACAGGAGAGGCAUUGAUGAAGGACUUCAGCAAGGUCUGGAUGAACGACGUGGAUCAGCCAGUGACCCUGAGUCCCAAUCCAUCAGCCGGUCCACUACCCCUGGGUCAUCCAACGUGACAGAAGAAAGUGGUGCUGGAGGAGGUCACUCCCAAACAGGAAGUGUCCAAGAUGACAGCCCACAUCCUUCCUCACCAUCCUCAGGAUGUGGCCACCCAUACCAUUGUCUCUAUCCUGAUAACUUGUGA